AAGACGCGAAGACCGCUGCCGUGACGCUUCAGCCGCUUCCCUCCGUCCCUACCAACGCUCGCCUCCCUUUCCCCGGCGGCGCCGCGGCGCUCCCGUGGGAGUCCGAAGACCUCCAGAGCUCACGUAUCGACCACCGGUGGAGCUCGGAGAGGCAGGGCGGGGAUGGGCCAGGGACUGAGCUGCGCCAGCUCGAGCUACGACCAUGACUUCUUCACCGCAGUCCAAGCCGGCGACUUGCAGGCGGUGGACUCCUACCUGAAGGACGACCCGUCACUGCUUCUCCGGACCACCAUCUACGACCGCCUCUCCGCCCUCCACAUCGCCGCCGCCAAUGGCCGCGUUGAGGUUUUGUCUAUGAUCUUGGAUCGAUCUGUUAGCCCCGAUGUCUUGAAUCGAGAUAAACAGACCCCAUUGAUGCUGGCCGCGAUGCAUGGAAAGAUCGAGUGCGUGCAGAAGCUACUCGAUUCCGGAGCAAAUAUCUUGAUGUUCGAUUCGGUAAAUGGAAGAACUUGCCUCCAUCAUGCUGCUUAUUAUGGUCAUUCCGAUUGUCUGCGAGCAAUUCUGUCGGCUGCCAAAUCCACACAUGUUGCAAGUUCUUGGGGAUUUGCCCGGUUUGUAAACGUGAGUGAUGGCACCGGAGCGACGCCGUUGCACCUCGCGGCGAGGCAAAAAAGGCCCAGCUGCGUCCAUAUUCUGGUAGACAAUGGCGCUCUCGUCUGUGCUUCGACUGGCCGAUAUGGCUUUCCUGGGAGCACCCCUCUGCACUUGGCAGCUCGGGGGGGAAGCUUGGAUUGCAUCAGGGAGUUGCUUGCACGCGGUGCUGAUCGGCUUCAACGGGAUUCAUCUGGGAGAAUGCCGUAUGAGGUUGCACUGAAGCAGAAUCAUGGAGAAUGUGCAGCUCUAUUGAACCCAUCUGCAGCAGAUCCUCUGGUUUGGCCUUCUGCACUGAAGUUCAUCAGUGAACUUGAUUCAGAGACGAAGGCUCUGCUGGAGGCAGCUCUGAUGGAGGGUAACAGGGAAAGGGAAAUGAAGAUCUUGAAAGGAACUACAGAUUCGUUGACAUCUCCUGCACAUUCAGAUAAAGCAUUUGAUGAUGAUGUUUCUGAGGGGAGUGAUACAGACUUCUGUUCCAUCUGCUUCGAUCGGGUUUGCACCAUCGAGGUCCAAGACUGCCGGCAUCAGAUGUGUGCCCAAUGCACACUGGCCGUGUGCUGCCACAGCAAGCCAAACCCCACAACCUUGUUCUUGCCUUCACCGGCCUGCCCCUUCUGCCGCAGCAGCAUAUCUCGGCUGGUAACCACCAAGGCCAGAGACACCGAAGACCAGAACACCACCUCGAAGCCAAGGAGGUUCCGGCAUUGCAGCAGCGAGGGCAGUAGUAGCUUCAAAGGUCUGUCUUCAGCUGUGGGAUCAUUUGGAAUGAUCAGCUGUGGCUCAGGUAGAAUAACUGAUAGCAGUGACAUGGUAGACAAGCUGUAGAACAUACAGUGCAGUUCAUAUGGCUACUGGCCACAACCAGGAAUGCUAAACAAAAAUAAGGUUUUGGGUAUCAAACUACAUGAUCUUGAUGCAGGUGCAGAUUCUUGUGCUCUGACAUCAAAGGAGAACAUAGUUAAACAGUCCUUUGACAUUAUAUAUAUAUAUAUAUAUAUAUAUAUAUAUAUAUAUAUAUAUAUAUAUAUAUAUAUAUAAGGAUGAUGUCAUCUCUUCUGAAGGACAGUGGAGGUGAAUUUUCUUAUCCUACAACUCAUCAAUGUCCUUCAAGACAAGCUGAUAGAAGCUGCAGCCUGAAUGUCUGAUUUGAAUCAUCGUGAUGCAAUGUACAUGGGCACACUGAUUGACAAGGGAGACUUUUGGGUUUUGGGUAUCAAUGUGCAUGGGCACAGUGAUUCAGAAGAGAGUGUUUUUGGGUAUUAGCCAUCAUGUGACUACCUGCCAUGUGAUUGAUUAUGGGGUUGGGCUCCAUUUGGUCAGUACUCUCCUUUUAAUUAUGCAAGCUUCUUGUCAGUGGUCACAUCCUUUUAAUUAUAGUGUUACCAGCUGCUGAGGUGAGAUUGUACUGUGGAUUCCUUUGUUGUGAGUACAUGGAUUCUGUAUGGGGACAAACUGCUGUGGAAAAGCUAAA